UUUUCGGUUGUUAUAAAGUGAGUGACAACUAAGAGCUGGCAUUUUUGGAGAGGUGCCUCGAGUCUAAUGAGGAGUGACUUGAGUCUUAAAAUAUUGAGAACUGCUGCCCUAAACAAUAAAUCCUGAUCCAGUUGACCAAAUUUUUCAAAACUCAGAGGCAGAGAAGGUAGUGAAUGUGAAGGUGCCUGGGACUAUAAACACUGGAAUAUAAUACAGAUGCAUGUAAUUAAGAAGCUUUUGUUUUUGCUUUUGCUUUUCAUGGUGCUCAGUGAUGACAACCUUUGAAGGCCAUGCCCUUCCAGGCUGUUACUUCCUGACAGUUGGGCUUCUGUGGUCUGUGAGAUACCCGCUAAAAUAUUUCAUGCAGCACAAGGAUAAAAAAUUCACCCCAAAUAAGCACUACCAAUAUCUGGAGCUCCUUGAAGGAAUAGGCAAAGUUAUUGUGGCUGCGGUGGGUAAGGAUCAUAACUCGUUGAUUGUGUUUCUACUGAUAGGGCUGCUUUAUGGACCCCAAGGCCCAACUUCAGGAUUUGUCAAUGAGAAGAAAUGUCUUCCUAUACUAUGGAAAAGGAAACAGAAUAGGCUCAGCAAGCUGAUGAGAUGUUUGCUCUUUUACGCUCAUGUCCAUAACGGCUCUCCACUGGAUCAGCACCUUCACUCACUGAUGCUCCUUGCUAUAUUUAGUGGCGCUGCCUGCACCUUGCUAGAAGCAUUCAUACGAGACCACCCAAUAUUGGAGCUCUUGAGGACCAGUAUGUUCUUGCUACAAGGAUCGUGGUUCUGGCAGAUUGGAUUUGUGCUGUACUCACCAUGGGGAGGGCCAGGCUGGGACCAAGCUGACCAUGGAAAUAUCAUGUUCAUCACCAUGUGCUUCUGCUGGCACUAUAUGAGUAUCCUCCUCCUUGUCACCUUCAACUACACCAUCAUUUACAGGUAUGCAGCUGGGCUAGAUGGCGGGAGCCUGGGUCUCUGUACCGCUAAGGGAACUGGACCAUCUGCUAUUGUCCACACCCUUAAGCCAUCCCCUUGA